GCAAGUGUUGCAACAACCGCCAUGGCCUUGAUACUACCGGCAUCUGAAAAACUAUUAGUAUCUGUUGUCUUGGGUUCGCUGUCUGCUACCAUUGGCUUCUAUAUUGGACGGUGUUAUCGUUGUUCGCCGUUCGUGAACACGGAACAUGUCCAAAAUCUUCUCAAGGAGGACACUCCUCACGAAGAGAAUGAUGAGGCUGAGGCAAUCCCUGAUGGAGACCUCUCAAGUGUAUCUGCUAGCUUCCUCGAACCGUGUAAACUGGUUCUGGUUGUUCGGAAUGAUCUCAAAAUGUCACCAGGAAUGAUUUCUACUCACUGUGGACAGGCAACGUUGGCGUGCUACAAAGCGCUAUUAGAAAAGAAUGCUCAGCUCGUUCGAGACUGGGAGAGGACAGGGCAAGCGAAGAUUGCGCUGAAAGGGAACUCUGAAGAACAGCUCUUGGAGCUUGAGGCGAUGGCAAAGAGUUUGAACUUAUGCGCGCGUUCAGUGCAAGACAAGGAUUUAGGAACCAAGACGAUACUGGCGAUUGGACCUUCACCGGUCCCUUUGGUCAAUCAAGUGACAGGCAAACUACGGCUCUUGUGACGAACCGAAUCUAGAUAAUCUAGUACCCCACUGAUUUCUUGAUAGCAAUACGCAAGUUUUACAUUUAAACAAUCCUGCUACACGUGAGGCUGAUCCUUAGUAUAAUGGCGGGAGUUUCCUGAUUACCC